ACAUAUAUAUAUAACACUACGUCAAGGUUCCUUCGGUCGCUGCUAGAAAUUGACACGAAGCAAGACGACGUUGUCUAAGUGUAAGUCGAGCAAGAAGAAGAAGCAACGACACGCCACGAUAGGCAUCGGUGAAGAGAUGAGCACGCACUUCCUUCGUCACGAGUACUUUAGCCGGCCUCCUCGUGGCGGUUUCAACGAGAUACCGGGUGUGUACUAAGCGCCCCAAUGGGCAGCGUUUAGAAAAUGAAAAUCGCAAAGUUUACAUUGGCCAUUCUUAUGCUGGUGUUGAUGCUGUCGGUCUUCGUCGCCAAUGUCGCAAAUUUCAUCGACGUCGACUCUUAUGUCCUCGAUGACAUCAAUGAGGCAACAACUUCAACAAAAUGGUCUAAGCCUAAGAAAUACGACAUUGGCGAUUCGCCCGAUCAUCUUCUUUGGUUUCUCCAAAUUACAGACUUGCAUUUGAGUAUAUUUCGGGACGCCACAAGAGUACCGGAGUUCAAGGAAUUUUGUGAUAUUACUGUUGGUUCGAUAAAGCCCGAAGUCGUUCUUGCGUCCGGCGACUUGACAGAUGCAAAAACGUCAGACAGAGUUGGCUCGCGGCAAUUUUUAGAAGAAUGGUUACACUACAAAAAGACCCUCGACGAUUCUAAAGUUACCGAAAAAACAACGUGGCUUGACGUGAGAGGCAAUCAUGACAAUUUCAACGUAUUCAACUACGAAUCAAAGGAGAAUUACUUCGCCAACUACUCGGUGCAGGGUCGCAAGCACGCGCGCUCCUACAUGCACGAGGUACUCAAGGGCCAAGACAAGUACUCCUUCAUAGCAAUAGACGCGUGCUUGAUGCCAGGACCAAAGAGGCCCUUCAACUUUGUCGGUCUGCUUGACGAGCUCGAGAUUGACAAGAUUCACCGGUUAGCCAAGAAGGCGAGAGAAGACGAGGUGGAUUUUCUUGUCUGGUUUGGCCACUAUCCAACCUCGUGCAUUGUCGCGCCCAACGAGGGUGGAAUUAAAGCUAUCAUAGGCAAAUACGAGGAAAGCAUGACGUAUUUGUGCGGUCACUUUCAUACGCUUGGUGGCACAGUGCCUAACAUGUACAGUUUGCAGCGGCCUGGCUUUCUCGAGCUGGAAUUGGCUGAUUGGAAAGAUAAUAGAAUGUAUAGACUUGGUGUAAUUGAUCAUGGACAAUUUUCGUUCGUUGACGUUGAACAUCGCGACUGGCCCGUCGUUCUCGUGACAAAUCCAAAAAAUGCUCAAUUCUCAAUGCCCAGGAAAGAAAAUUUGCAAUCAAUCAUUGACUCAACGCACAUUAGGAUUUUAGCUUUUUCAAUUUCAAGUAUAAAGACGGUAAAAGUUCGAAUAAAUCAUGAAAAUUGGAUGGACUGCAAAAAUGUGAAAGGACCUUUAUAUGUAGUAAGGUGGGACUCCUUAAACUAUAAGACUGGUAUUCACAAUAUUCAGGUAACGGUUACAGAUUCCGAAGGAAGAGAAAAAACUAUAACACAAGCAUUUUCCUUAGACGGAAGUAGACUUGCUUUUGAUGUUUUACCAAGAUUAAUACUCAUGUCGGAUGUUAGUCAUAUUUUCCAGAUUUCAUUCGUGAUCCUCUUCCUCAUGUUAGUUUUACCGUUGUGCUGCCUUCGUGUCUAUCAUAAUGCUUAUUAUUUAAUGAAUAAUAGAAGUACUACCCCACCGAGACCUCGUAUUAAAUGCUUUCGUUGGUGGCUUAGGAACCAUUGGAUAUUGUCGACUGUAGAUCGUCUAUUCUUCCCUUUAGUUUUAUAUGCAAUAUAUCUAUUUAUUGGACCAUGGAUUAUAGGUGAAAUUAUUGACAAUCAUACUGGCGUUGUUUUUGCAUGGGGAACAUACGUUGGCAACUCAUUUUUGCCUGGAUCUUUUACGUAUGCAUACGGUUUCUUCCAGCUAUUGACUUUCCAUUGCCCAUUAACGCUUCUUGUAGCACACGGCAUUAGUAGACGACUAUGGCAGCUAGAAAAACCUCAUAAGAAAACAACAAAGAUACUGUCUAAAUUUUGGGAACAAUUACCAUUUCUUCUACUGGUGUCUCUGCAAUCGACUAUGAUCUUUCUAUUUUGGCUGGCUUACGGAACUGUCGCAACUAUUCUAUGUCCACUUAGAACCUGGAGUUUAUUUAUGGCUAUUUUUUUAUGGUACCAAGUUUAUAACAUGCCUCCAAAAUGUUUAAGAUCUGCAGCAAAGGUUUGGUGUUCUCAUGGUCAUAUAGUUACUGACGACAAAGAAAAAAAUCAACGAAACACUAACAACGAUCUAAGAUAAAAUAGUAUUUUCUAAGAUAAAAUAGCAAUAUUCAUCAAUAUUUAUUUAUUUGGCCGAGUAUUGUACAUGAUAUUAUAUUAUUUUAAAAAUAUUUUGUUAUAUUCUCACUAAUUCUUACAUAUAUUAGCAAAGUAUGUGAAAUUUUUCAAAAAAAUUAGAAAGUCAAUUUUAGUGGUAAUAGACAAAUGAAAGUCGCAUCAAUUUCUCGUACUUUAUGUACAGAAUUGGUUGAUCAAAAAAAUAAUGUUACACACGUAGUUGAAUGCUAAAAUUAAUUUGACAAUAAGUCACAUUAUCUUGAUGAUUUUAAUAUUAAUCAAGUAUUAAUUAACGUAUUUUUUUAAACCUGUAAACACUCUACAAAACAACAACAAAAAACAAAUGUAAUCAUUAAGCAGACACUUGUUGCAUAAGUACAUUUUUUAAAGUAUUUAUGAGACAAUUUUGAUCGUUGUUUAAAUUGAGACAGUAAUGUUAUAUAUGUUGGCCAAAUUCUUGGAUUGUAUUAAAUAAAUCUAAUUGUUUAAUUUAUAUGAAUCAAUUUUUGAAAUGGUAUUAAUAAAUUAAUGUAUUUGAUUGGAUAGUUUCUUCCUGGUAAAAUAUACCUAUUUUUUAAAUCACUGUACAAAACUAAAGAAAUAAAUGUAUCAUAAACUC